AGUGACCCAGUGCCAAUGAACAAUAUAUUCAGAGAAUAUAUUGUGAACUUAAUAUUGAAGCAAAAAAUCCUAGUGUUGCUGAACUGGUCACUUGAGAACUGUGGAGAUUACUUAAUAUUAAAUUUCUGCAAAGAAUACAAAUACAAAGCUGUGCCUUCCCACCUACCAUGUUUCUUGGUUACAAUCACAG